AUGAUAUCUAAAUUAGUUUUACUCAUUUUUGUGGCAGCAAGUACCUUAGGAGCCCCUAAAAAUCUUGCGCCAAUGGAAAAACAACAACCAACUGUCAUACCAAUCGUCUCACAAUCUGAGGAACUGGAUGCAAAUGGAACUUUUAAGUUCAGUUAUGAAACUGGAAAUGGAAUAAAGAGAGAGGAGACAUCCUUUGAUAAGGUUAUUCCAAAGUCAACAAGUCGUAGCGCUAACAGCAAAGAAGAAGAAGAAAGCGAUUACAGUGACGAAAUCCAUGUACAACAAGGAUCAUAUUCAUAUACUGCGCCUGACGGAACCAUCAUUACUUUGAGAUACAUUGCUGACGAGAAUGGUUUCCGACCUGUGGGUACUCAUUUACCAAGAGCACCAAGUCCUGUCCAAAUUUCUUCAGCAUCAAGUAAAAUGUCUGGACGUGCGUUAAAAUUAUUGGAUAACAGUGAAUCUGCAUCAACACAAACUACUGGUAUAAAACUACCGUCUGAAAAACAAUUUCAUAGUGUAGGUGACGUACAUGAGUCUUCCGAAAUUACACCUAUAGCUACAGCUGAAAUGACAACUGUUUCUUCUUCUUCGCCUCAAGAUUUUGUUAAAGUCACAACUAAAUAUUCUUCAAAUCCUAAAGAAAAGAUAGAAAUUACCAAAUCUGUUGCGAUACUUUCUUCUGUAGAUACUGAUGAAAAAUCAGAAAUAAAUGCAACGACUAUUCCGCCACCUACACAAGGAACUGAAUCGUCUACUGCUUCUGAGUCUAACACUAAAUCAGAUGUGAGUUACUCCUUUAAAACAAUGCCUCAUUCCAGUGAAAUUGCAACAACUACUGAAGUAACUCAACCUGUAAAAGAUUUAUCAAAAUUUGAAGAAUCUUCGACACAAACUAUACCAGCAGAUCAAAUAAAUGAAAUGUUAAGUUUCUCGGAAACAACAACGGCAACGCUCAUCGAAAAAUCUUCAGAUCUACCUACAUCAGGACCUACGUCGACACCUGCUGGACCUAAUGAAACUGUCUCGAAAAGUAACGUCACUUCAGACAAUAAUGUAGAGAGAAAAUCUUCAUACGAAGACACAAAAACAGAAGAACCAGUAAAAUCAACGGAACAGUCAGUUUCUACUUUGGCUCCGUCUAAUGACAAUGUAAGCACUUCUGCCACUUCAGUUUAG